AUGCCCCCUGCUGCUAUGUCCUCUGCACGUCGCGCUGACGGUUCGUUGAAAGACGCCAGUGAGAUAGCGUGGUACAAUGAUGCCGAAGACGACUCUCCAAUGGUUCCUCCCCCUGCUCCUGCACACAACGGCACUCUCAAUUCGUUCGGGGUUCGCAAAUAUAGGGCCAUGAACUGGACCGAACCGGACUUCGGCAGCACUAAGCCUGACUCACGAGCGUUGCGGUUAAUGGUUCGCCUUGGACAGCCUUUCGAUGCAUUUUUGCUAGCGCAGCAGCGUGUCGGAGAAUACAAGAGGAUCGCGUCAGAUCAUAACAUCAUCGCACAAGUCAAAGACAUUGCAUCGGUUGAUAGCAUGGAUGUUGGUACCGUAGAAAUACUGUAG